AUGAUCGCGGUAUCUGAUUUAGAACUCAUUGACAACAUAUUGAAAUGGAACGGUACCACCCAAACAGAAACCGUAUUACUUAUAGAAAAUAUAAAAGAAAAAGAUUUCAACACAACGGACAACAUGUAUGACAUAAUAAGGACUGUAGAUGACAAAGUUCCGAGUAUAUUCUGCAACAAUUCCAGCAAAAGUGAUAAAUCUAUAAACAAUGUUACAGAUUUCAGUGGUAUGUGCUCGAACGACUAUGACGUGUUCGAAAAGACUGUGGUGACAAUUCUAUUCCUGCUGAUAGUAGUAACAGUUAUAGGAAAUACUUUGAUAAUAUCAGCUGUAGUGACUACGAAAAGACUUAGAACUGUUACGAAUUGCUUUGUUACGAGUUUGGCUGCGGCGGAUCUUCUGGUUGGCAUAUUUGUUAUGCCACCGGCUAUCGCAGUGCAUAUAAGCGGAAAAUGGGAGCUUGGAUGGAUCCUGUGCGACAUCUGGAUAAGUCUGGACAUCCUCCUCUGCACCGCGUCAAUACUGUCCCUCUGUGCUAUAAGCAUUGACAGAUACCUCGCCGUCACCAGGCCUCUAACCUACUCAAGACGGAGAAGAUCCAAGAAGCUGGCUUUAACUAUGAUCUUCUUCGUCUGGAUAUCUGCUGGCACUAUCACUUGCCCACCUAUGUUUGGAUGGUAUGAACCAGAUCACAACCAAGGGGGCGUCUGUCGCUACAACCAGAACCCUGGCUACGUGGUAUUCUCCGCCAUGGGUUCCUUCUUCCUGCCCAUGAUCGUAAUGGUGUACGUCUAUGCAAGAAUAUCCUGUGUGGUGGCAAGACGGCAUCAUCAGUUGGCUAGUUCGUCUUCCAAAUGUGGCAAGAAAUCGAACUUAUCCUGUAUACGGACGGAAUCAGACUCCGGUUCAGACAAGCUGUCUUUAAGACACAACACCUCCAAACAGCCAUCCAAGACUUCUACUGCCCUCAGUGAGACUUCUUUGCAGAGCGAACAGCGCUGUCCUUGCUGUUUUCGCAGUGACAAACGACGUCAAUCGAAAUUCAGGUCCAGCCAAGAAAAGGAAUCACGCUUCUAUGACGUCACAUUCAAAUCCAACUUCAAAUACAAAGGCACUAACACGCAUUCCUGUCACAGAAGCUACUCGGUCAAAGAGCAUAUGGAGAACCGGGUGUCCUCUCUACGAAGGGAAACCAAAACUGCUCAAACAUUAAGCUUUGUUGUAGGCGGCUUUAUAGCUUGCUGGUUACCAUUCUUCUUAUACUACUUACUUACACCUUUUAUACCCACUAGUUACGUUAAUUCAGUGUUAAUGUACGUUUUAACUUGGUUAGGCUGGUUCAAUUCGGCAAUCAAUCCAUUUAUAUAUGCCUUUUACUCGCCCGAUUUCAGAAUGGCGUUUUGGAGGCUCACUAUCAAAAAGUGUAAGCGGAGCAAGCGUAAGAAUUAA